AUGACCAACGAUAUUACCAGCAGCGCCGCCGCCGUGGCGAGCGGCAGCAAUGGCAACGCUGGGCCCACCGACUUCAAGGUCAAGGCGGGCCUGGCGCAGAUGCUCAAGGGCGGUGUCAUCAUGGACGUGACCAAUGCUGAGCAGGCCCGCAUCGCCGAAGAAGCCGGAGCAUGUGCCGUCAUGGCCCUGGAGCGUGUGCCCGCCGACAUUCGCGCAGAGGGCGGAGUGGUCCGCAUGUCUGAUCCGGGCAAGAUCAAGGAAAUCCAAGAGGCCGUGACCAUCCCUGUCAUGGCCAAGGCUCGCAUCGGCCACUUUGUCGAGUGCCAGAUCCUCGAGUCCCUCGGCGUCGACUACAUUGACGAGAGUGAGGUCUUGACCCCGGCCGACGACCAGUACCAUGUCGAGAAGCACGGCUUCACGGCCCCCUUUGUAUGCGGCUGCAGAAACCUGCCCGAGGCCCUGCGCCGUAUUGCCGAGGGUGCUGCCAUGAUCCGGACCAAGGGCGAGGCCGGCACUGGUGAUGUCGUCGAGGCUGUCAAGCACAUGCGCCAGGUCAGCAAGGACAUUGCUCGAGCCAAGGCUGCGUUGCAAGAAGGCGGCGACCUGGCCAUCCGGAUGCUGGCUAGAGAAUUCGAGUGCGACCCUCAACUGUUGAAGCAGACGGCCGAAUUGGGCAGACUGCCUGUCGUCAACUUUGCCGCCGGUGGCGUUGCUACACCCGCUGAUGCCGCACUGAUGAUGCAGUUGGGCUGUGACGGCGUCUUCGUCGGUAGCGGCAUUUUCAAGUCAGGGGACGCCGCAAAGAGAGCAAAGGCCAUUGUGCGGGCCACGACACACUACAAGGACGCCAAAGUGCUUGCCGAGUGCAGCGAGGGUCUGGGUGAGGCCAUGGUCGGAAUCUCGGUCUCCAGCUUGCGCGCCCAGGACAAGCUGGCUGGUCGUGGAUGGUAA